CGGGAGAGCCUGCGGGGGAUGGAGACGGCCUCUCGCCUAAACUUGCGACGAACUUGCCGCUGCUGCUCGAGUUCUUCGUUGCCGUGGUGGUUGUUGCUGUGGUUGUGAGCGGUUAGCCGCUGGUGGUUGCUGUUAGUGGGAGUCGCUGCUGCUGCUGUUGUUGCUGGCAGGAGAAUGUUGGGGAUGUACGUUCCUGAGCGAUUCUCGCUCAAGCCGUCACACGUGCAGCAAGGCAUAGGCUUGUACACGGCUCGCCGGGUCACCAAGGGGGAGAAAUUUGGUCCGUUUGCCGGCGAGAAGCGGCUGCCGAACGAGAUGGAUGACAGCAAGGACCCUCGGCUCAUGUGGGAGGUGAGGAGCGUGGAUGGGGAGACUCUGUUCGUGCUCGAUGCCAGCAACCCCCGUCACGCGAACUGGCUGCGCUUCGUGCAUCAGGCCCCGACACAGGACCAGAAGAACCUUGCCGCCAUUCAGGAGGGAGAGAACAUUUUCUACUUGGCUGUGGAUGAAAUAGAGACCGACGAGGAGCUUCUGAUUGGCUACCUGGACAGCGACACUGAGGAGGGGGAGGAGCUGCGUGAUGAAGAGCCAAUCAGGAGAGAGGAAGAGGAACGGCUCAAAGAGCCUUUGGAGAGAGGCCCAGGCUGCCACGCGUGCCCGCAGUGCGAAAGCAGCUUCCCCAGCGCCAGCGUCCUGGCUGAGCACGUGCAGACGCUGCACCAGCGCGGCCCCGAGGAGAAGGACUUCCGCUGCCGCAGCUGCGGAAAGCGCUUCCCCGUCAAGCAAGCGCUCCAGCGGCAUGUGCUGCAGUGCAUGGAGAAAGCCGUUCUGCCCGGGGAGCAGCCGGGAGGCUUCCAGUGCGGAGUGUGCAGUGCCUCCUUUGUCUCUGAGUGCAGCUUGGAGCAGCACAGGGAGGCGUGCCGGAGGGAUGCGCGCUUCGUGUGUAAGGCCGAGCGCUGCGGGAAGCGCUUCAAAAGCAAGGACGCGCUCAAGAAGCACAAGCAGAACGUGCACCUGGGGAGCUCUCGCAAGAGACCGGCCUGCAACAUCUGCAACAAGAAGUUUUCCUCUGCAGAUAUUCUUACGGAGCACAGGAAGGUCCAUGAGAUUUUCGACUGCCAAGAUUGCGACAAAAAGUUCAUUUCGGCCAAUCAACUGCGUCGGCACAUGAUCACGCACUCAGAGAAGCGGCCGUUCAGCUGCGAGGUGUGCGGCAAGUCGUUCAAGCGGCUGGACCAGGUGGCGUCGCACAAGGUGAUCCACAGCGUCGACAAGCCCUACACCUGCAAGCUCUGUGGCAAGGGGUUCGCGCACCGCAACGUCUACAAGAACCACAAGAAGACGCAUUCGGAGGAGCGGCCCUUCCAGUGCGAGGAAUGCAAGGCCCUCUUCCGCACGCCCUUCUCCCUGCAGCGGCAUCUUCUCAUCCACAACAACGAACGGACGUUCAAGUGCGAGCAGUGCGACGCCACGUUCAAGCGCAAGGACACGCUCAACGUGCACAUCCAGGUGGUGCACGACGGCCACAAGAAGUACAAGUGCGACCUGUGCGACAAGGCCUUCGUCACGCCCUCCGUGCUCAAGAGCCACAAGAAGACGCACACGGGAGAGAAGGAGAAGAUUUGUCCGUACUGCGGGCAGAAGUUUGCGAGCAACGGGACUUUGCGUGUGCACAUCCGCAGCCACACUGGUGAGCGUCCGUACCAGUGCCAGUACUGCGACAAGGCGUUCAGCAAAAACGACGGGCUCAAGAUGCACAUCCGAACACACACCCGGGAGAAGCCGUAUCAGUGCUCCGAGUGCAACAAGGCCUUCAGCCAGAAGCGAGGCUUGGACGAGCACAUGAGAACCCACACGGGGGAGAAGCCCUUCCAGUGCGACGUGUGCGACCUGUCCUUCAGCCUCAAGAAGAUGCUCAUCCGCCACAAGCUCACGCACAACCCCAACCGGCCCAUGGCCGAGUGCCGCCUGUGCCACAAGAAGUUCACGCGCAACGACUACCUGAAGGUGCACAUGGAGAACGUGCACGGGGAGACGGAGUGACCGCGGGGUGGUGGGGGGGGGCCCCCCCCGUGCGCGAUCGUCGCCCACCCCUCACCCCCCCUCGCCCCCUUCCCCCUACACUCUCGGCGCUGAUUGGGCGAGACCGCACACGUGGACUGCGGCACGUCCGCCGGGUCAAACUGAACGCGAGGAGGCGGUGGCGGCCCCCACGCUCGGUGGCGUCGUUGGUUUUUAUGGGGGUUUUGUUGUUGGGUCAAGGUUGCCGAGCACAUUGCCGAAAGUCUAAAAAUCGCCGAGCGGCCAGCCGCAAAACGAACGGCGCUGUCAGAGGUGUUGAUGGACAACGAGUGAUUGCGUUUAUUGAACUGAGAGCAAGGUUUUGAGAAACCGGGAGAAGUGAAGAUGGAAGGGAAUUCCAAAGUGGAGCAAUGCUAUGGAAACACAACCAAGCUGGCAUUAGGGUGUCCUGGUGCAAGGAAUAAAAUGAGACCCCUUGCCCGCUGCCUUCCCUCCCUCUUCAUGGCCCAGCACCUGGGCACGUCCUGCCCCGUGGACCCUGGUGCGGUUGCACCAAGCGUUGGCGCCUCUGAGAUGACAUAUCAUGGGAAGAAACAACAGCAACGGAAGGGAGAACGCCACGUGAAUGCAUUGUCUUGAGCGGUAUUUUAUGAUGCUAAUGACCAAAACCAGGACUUUUAAAGUCCCGGGAAGGCUUAGAGUUUCUCCAGGACAAGCUACCUCCUCAGAAAACCAGGACAGCCGGCAAACCCCAGUUGCACCGCAUGGUCACAUGAUAGCUAUGCGACUGCCCGUACGCGUCUUUGGGUCUCUGUUGCGCUUGGCAUGAGGGAUGGCGGUACGCGUGCCCACAUGUGGUCCACAUGCAGUGUCACUAAAUUUACAUGCAAUUAUAUUUCUAGUUUCGCCAUUGCCAUUAUUUUUUAGAAAAUAAAAAAACCAAGUGUAUUAUUUUGCACGGUGGUGCGGGUAUUGGCGCACUGUGCGAUGAACCCAGCGACCUGAGUUCGAUUCCAGGCCAAGCCUAACAUCAAUGGCGAGUGAUGUCAGAAUCGAUGUUGGGCACUUCCUUUCACGAACGUGCACUGACCAGCGUGGUGAAGUAUAGUCAUACAACCUCCAUGACUGGCAUGAUGUGGGGGAGGCCCUCAUCCAGGAGGGGACUGAUAGAGCUCCGUAAGUUAUAUAUUUUUUGCGCUGAUGACUUGAGUUGAGACCAUGAAUUAAAUGUACUUGAACACCUGGAUACCAGGCCAGGAUCUCAGCAGUAUAAAACAUUAGUAAGUGUUGGCUCAGCACUCUGUCACGUUUGCUACCCCUCCCCUCCCCCCCCCCUGUUCCACCUGCUGUGUUGUUGGAUGGAAUUUAGAAACCACCAGGAUGGAGGGCUUUUUGGGGAGAUGAACUUUACAAUAAAACAAAAGCAUUCCAUUUUGUCUGAAGAUGGGGAAAGGUGUUAUGUUUAUUUUGGUUGUCACAAUUUGAGAACUCAAGGUACCAGGAUGAGUCUCAUUUGCAAGAGUGGCAUGGGGGCAUUCAUCUUCCAUUUGAGAGCAAUGAAUGCCGUGCACACAAUUAGGUAAUCUGUGGGCACUUUUCGAAUUUGUCAAAAUUUGGACACUUUUUAGUUGGUGCAUAUUUGCCGGGCGAGAUGUAUUAGAUCAGAAAGGUAGACGCUGACAGAGAAAACGGAACGAGAGUUGAGUGCGCAAAGAUACGUGGAGCGUGGAGAGGAUGCGCCCUCGGAAUUACACCGAGAGACGGAAAGAUGGACGCACAGAGAUUUUGGAAUGGAACAGAAAUUGGAGGCUUCGUAUUGACCGUUGAGGAAAGUCAGUGGGCUUGGGUGGGAUGAAUCGCGAAGCAGGGAUGUUGGCCAAUGGACGAGACUGGUGCUGGAAAAGCAGCUAAAGAAUCGAACACACUCGAGAAGAUGGUCACCUUGGAGAUGGAGAAAAAAUAUCAGAUUUUUAGGUUUUUCGGUAAAGUCACGUAGGUAAAACAUUAAAAUUAAUUAAAAUAAAAUAAAAAUCACGACGUUUCGGAGGCAACACAAGCUUCCGUCUUCAGGUGGAACCGUCACAGCCACGACAGCUGUAUCAAGUAAAUUACCUACGUGACUUUACCAAAAAAACCUAAGAAUAUGAAUCCUUGCAGUCACGAAAGCUUCAAAUCUAGAAAAAUAUCAGCGCAUUUUCUAGUGAGAUUUUCUGUUACGUCGCGGGAAUGCAAAGGAUGGCGAUAGAUUGGGGAGGCCCUCAUCCAGCAAUGGACCGACAAUGGCUGGUGUUGAUGAUGAUGUAAAUAUUUAAACAUUCUUGCCUCGUGACACUUGUGGUCAGAGAGCAUGGCUUCUAAUCAAUCUCAGUCAGGGGCUAACGCAGCUGAUCAUCCCUCCAGGUGUGGUAAAAUCAGUCCCACUUAAUAAGAAAUCAACCAUCAUCUUUAAAAUAAACUGACCCUGCCAUGGGAAUGUGGAAUUUCCACCUCUUACUCAGGGUCACCAAUGGAGAUGAGCACCGCUGUGUUGCUGCGUUGAAUGGGAAUCUAUAUUGACAUGUUGACGGUUACAAGAGUUAGCAUGGCUGGACUCACCACUCUGAGGCACCAAGUUAGAUUCACAGUCAAGGUGGGCGGUGCAGUCUCCAUCCACCCAGUAGCAAAAAUUGGAAGCACUUCAGCACGCGUGGAUACUCGAUAACCUUAAAUCUCCCGACCUGUCUGGCCAGCAAAGACGACGAAACUUCCUUGAAUAAGGGAGGGUGGUGGUGGGGGGGAGGCUCUAUGAGCAUCGUUCUAAGCAAGAAGUAUGCGCUUUGAUAAUUAAAAACAAAUGCAUGUUACUGCAUUGGCAGCGGUGCACAUGCACAAACGACACAUUUGUCAAUAACACUGUGGCCCUGAAGAGGAGAAACAAAAAACAAAUAAGCACCGUGUUGGCCAAUUGCCCUCCUGCACAGCAUGUGAACGUAGAGCGACGACUAUUGUUUUACACGGAUGUGGUUGUGCGCCAGAGUAUUGUGCCAGGAGUAGUGAAUUGGUGCAUCGUUGGAUUUUGACGCCCCUCUCUGCUGUGAUGCAGGGUUAUUGAAAUUGUACCUGUUUUAAACGUCGCCUGUUUUAUAUUUGUUUUUAUAUUUUCCUUUUAGGGCAGUGUCGUUAACGAAUGUGUUGAGGAUUUGUGAGUGCAUGAUGGACAUUCUUCGCCUUCUUAAGCGGCCUCACCACAGUCGGGGUUUUUGGACGUAAAAACACGGACUCUUUUUUACGAUUUGUAUAAGCUGAAAAGGUGAUGAUGUUGUUAAAGUCGAAAGGAAUAAAAUAAAUCCGUUUUGGUUUUUACAAUGUAAGAGAGAACUCGUGCAAACAUUUUUAUUUUGGAGUUAGAAAUAACGAAGGGGCUGUAGGAACAAGUGUACGGGAUUGUAAAGGCUGCAGCGAGGCAGGCUGAAUCAGCCCUGGUGCCUAUAGCGUGCCAAGCAGAGCCUGAUUUAGGCCAAUUAGCCAAAAUCACUGCCGCGAGCGGUACGAAGCAGGUAUUAAUGAAAUAAAAAUAAAUUAAUUUGCCAAAAAGGAUGAAUCUGUGAUUACUCACGCAAUCAAACUGAAAGCCUCAACCUUAGCUCGUAUAGCCGGAGGCGCACACAUGCUUGAUUUGGUGACAAGACCAAUGGGUCGGUCUUGUUACUUUGUAAAGUGAACUUUAAAAAAAAAUAACAUUUCAGAAUGAAAUGCACACCAUCAUUCUCUCCUUUGCUUUACAGUGUUACUUUUUUGUGCGCACGUGUGUCCGUUUGUCUUUUGUGUACGAAGCUGUGCUUGGUUUAUAAUAAA